CCGCGCGAUACACGAACAGACAAAGAAGUCGUCUUUGUUACAUGAGUUUCUACAAUGGCGGCCCGGUAUUACCAGUCCGACUCACCACAAACUCCUCGCAUAGAACAGCCUGGACAUGACCGACUGGUUCCAGUCAGACCCGCGACAGACACUGAGAAGAAACUGUUGAGUGUUAUCAGCGGGCUGUCUGGCCAGAGAGCACCGCCAGAGGAGAAGCUCUAGCAGAAGUUGGAGCGGUGUCAGAGCUGCAGGAGGGGAUGGCCGCCAUGGAAGCCAAAUUAAACACUUUCUCCAGCGGCGAGGAAAUUCAGCGGAAAAGAGGAGAGCACAGUCCUAAAAUUGCGACUGGGCUUGCCUCACAAUGAGGCAGUCAGGACAUAUUUAGUUAAAAUUUUAGCUGAAGUCCAGAUGUGGAGGAUGUGGAGACAGACGUCCUUCUAUGUAAGUAUCCUGUUUUAAAUUGUUCCGUUUUCCAGCUGCUUGUAAAAAGCAUUUUGAAACUCUAUGGAGGAACUACCGCUACAGUCAACCCAACAUGGCGGAUCAGGCGGAGGCCAUGAAGUCUUCUGCCCAGAGUCACCAGAGAAGAAAGAGACUGCUGGAUACCAGGAAAAUGGUCCUUGCUCCAGAUGAAGAGGACUUAUGGAAGGGCAUCACAACUGACAUGAUGUCAGAUGAGGAGGACGGCAGUGUUGACGGGGUGCGUGGAUGGAUAGUACGGCCUCCAUCCUUCCACAGCCAGGAGCUUGCCAACCUGCUGCACUACAGGCUGGAGGCUGAUGUGAGGAACACAGCUGCACAUCACAGGUUUCCCAGAGACUAUGGGUUGAGGAGGAAUUGGAAGUUUGUCGGCUUAGACCUGGUGUCAUUCCAUCAGUGUUUAACUUCCCGGCUCAUCUUGGAAGAGUAUGUGCCAGAAAGAUCACGACCAAACAACCUUGAGAUCUUAGACAGCGUCUCCCUCAGGUCCCUCUCUAUCUCCCCACACAUCCACCAACCACUGGAACACAUCUCCAAAAUUCUGCCGGGCCAGCUCAGCUUCCCCUCAGAAGAAGUGCAACCACCUGCCAGAUGGAGCCUUUUGAGAGGCAGCUGGCAUCGUGAUUGGACUGUACUUUGGUCUGUUCCAAUCCAGCUUCAGCUCCAGAGACGGCAGGCGGGACGAGUCAACGGAGGCCGGGUGGACGAAGGCAUGCAGCUGAGUACAAUCCAGAAAACAACAGAGGAGGAGUGCAGCGGCCCAGGGCCAGAACAGAGUAUGUCUCUUAGAAAACAUCAUAGUAGAGCCUUUGGGAUGAAAAAACGGCAUAAUAUACAUCAUAUAUUGUACAAAUAACAAGUCAAAGGAAAGAGACAUCAACUGUAGAAUUGUAGUAAUUGUGGGCUGACGAAUUUACUGAUUAUCAGUAUUUUAUUUUUUACUGAUUUAUGGUAAUAAAUACAUUUAAAAAUG